UUUCAUUUGUAUACAAAUCACACACCUACUUAGUAUACUGAAGAUUUAACUUCCCACUUUUAUAGUUAUAUGGUUAGGUUGAACAGAUUGAUCACUUCAUAAAACAUAUAAUUUCAGUACGCUGGGACAUAGAUUUGGAAAUACAUGUAUAACAAGUUAAAGCACAGUUGGAUGUGAAAAAAAGUUAAUGCACAGUUGGAUGUGAAAUAAUGUUAAUUCACAGUUGGAAUAAGAACAUCAAGAGUGAAAGAAAAUGUUCUGUGGAAACUUAAACAGGUGUGCAGAAAGGCGUUGAUUUUAUGUUCCGCAUCAGUGUUUGGCAGAACAGAUUUGUGUUUAUGAGCAUAUGUGAAACGGACCAUUCUUUCACAAAGUCUCGUCUCCGUUGCUUACAAAAGAGCUACGCUGGUACUUCGUAUAACAUUUCGAAGGUUGGAUUGAAUUAUGUGAAGCGGAAAAAAUCUCGCAGAAGCGGUACUCCAAGUCUGGACAUAAAGUAAAACAAAUUCACAAUAACGUGCAUGAAUCGCACGUGACUGAUAUAUUUAACCUCUGAAACUGACACAUGCGUAUAAAAGUUUCUGUGUUUAGGAAAUUCGUAAAGAGGGUGUCAUUCCCAGACUAUGAAGCUACAGGGUUUGGACUAGUUUUUAAGGAUACGACAAGUGCAGGUCUAUGUUAUAAUGUUGUGUUAAACGUUGCCUUGACAUAAUUGAACUCCAUGAUUCCAUUGGUCUAUAUAAUGGAUUGGAAAGUUUUAAUGUAUAUGCAAUUGACAUACUUCAAUGUAACGUGAAACUUUUUUUUAUCAAAAUAUCAAAAUUCUAAUAACUUUACUUAGAUAUAAUACAAACGAGAGAAAAUACCGUUCUUAAACGAGAAUUUACACUUGAUGGAUUAUGUAAACAUGAAUGGGUAAUACAACUUUACUGUUUUUCUUUGGACGAAACAAAAGUAAGGCAUAAAUGUUUGCAUAAUGGAGAAAACAGCUGAUCGACCUCUCUAAGAGAGCAGUUGUAAAAAUCUGACACGUUAGACGGAAUGGCGGUUUUGGAAUAUUAAGUGGAUUUUCUUACAUAGUAAGACUGGAAUAAUAAUUUUCUUCAACAGCAACAAUUUUUGAUUCGAGUGUUUCAUAGAUUUAUCUCAUUAUAUUGAGCAAACAUGAUAUUAUGUUUUUACGGAAACUAGGAUUUUCAAGGCAUGACCAAUAAAAUGAAGAAGGAAACUAUUUAGAAGAUUAAAGACUGAUAAGCCAUCUAGUGAAAAACGAAAGAACGCUGCUUGGUGUUGUAUAACAGGAUCAAAACCUCGUGCAGAGCGAGUCUCAGAAUAUUUUUCUGCUAAUUUGUUGGGGAGUGUUUAAAAUCCCCCAGUUUUAAAUACUGUGAUGCAGGUAAAAGAUUUAUAAUACUUCUUAAUAUACAUCAAAAGCCAGCGCGCUAAAUUCGCAGGUAGAUUAUCAAUUAUUUCCACUGAUAGCUUGCAGAUAAUCUCUUCAAAUAAUUUAAGUUAUCGAUAGGCGGUGCUUUAACAAAUAUAGACAGCAGAACGGAGAGAAAUUGCAAAUGACUGCCAGUUUGAAUUAUUUAUAGAAAGGAUUCUCGGAUAUUCGCUUGAAAUGUGUUCAGUCUCAAAGAAGCCACACCAAAGGAUUAGAGGAGCCGCAAAGUUUAAAAUAUAAAAAAUAACAAUUUCUUUACCUUAAGAAAUUGUUGCAUUUUUCUACAAACUUGACUAUAAAAUAUACAAAAUGUAUACAACGAUUCCAAAGGACUGGAGGAAUGAUUUUGGACCAAACGUAACAAUCGAGGAUUUGAAUGAUGUUCUUGUUCAGUUACACAUACCAACUAUUGUUUUCAUAGCCAUCUUGAUGGUAGUAGGGGUAUUCGGAAAUAUGUUAGUUCUCUAUAUAUACACGACAAAGUAUCAUCCAUCGACGUACAGAAGUUUUAUUUUGUGGUUAGGAUGGAUAGAUCUUAUAGCCUGCAGUGUUGGCAUGCCUCUGUUGAUUGUCAGUAUGUUAUAUCCUUACAUGUUUCCCUCGGAGGAGGCGUGCAAGACGUUACGUUUUCUGCACGUAUUUUUCGUGGUCAGUUCCGCUUUCAUUGUGAUUGCUAUAGCUAUAGAGAGACAUCGGAGAAUUUGUAAUCCAUUUUCAGUAGAAAUGACACCAAAUAAAAUAAAACUGAUGUGCUUGGUGGCAUCCAUCCUGGGCUGUCUAGUCGCCAUCCCAGCGAUAUUCGUCUACGGCGACGCCGUAGUAGACACUGGUGUGCAUAAUAUUACAGGAACAGAGUGCUUUAUUGACCCGGAAUUCAAAAAUUCUAAUUUGCCAAAAGGAUAUUUCAUUUUUCAACUGUUGCUAAGCGUAGUUUCUAUGGUAGUUAUGGGAAUAUUCUAUUUUCGGAUUGGUACCCGGAUUAUUUACCACCAUAAGUUUAUCAGAGAAAACACUUAUCAAAGAAAGGAUUCGUCGGAGGAUAAUAAAGGGAAAACAAAAGAGACCAUCUGUGAGUCUACUAACAAAAAUGGCGUCUCAAACGGGCAUGACCACCAUAGAAAGUCGGAAUCGCCUCAAAGUAGCAACAAAAACUCAAGAGAGACAACUCCUACGAAGAAAUCUCUAGACGACAUAGAAAUUAAGAAAGACCCAUACGGAGACCUGUUGAAAAAGGUUGUGAAAUCUCGUUCGAAUUCACCUGCGCCCCGAGAUUCUUCGAGAGAGUCUACGCCGAAACAAGAGCGUAUGAAUAGACAGCGAAACCGAAUCGAGUCCAACAAGAGUGAAAAGUCUGUGAAUAGUGGACCAAGUCUUCGAACGAAGCAGGUCACAUUCAUGUUAUUUAUAAUUACAGUGGUAUUCAUUUUAUCUUUUAUACCACAUUUAGUAUUGAUGGUGAUUAAUUCAAUGAACCCAUUCUUUGUGAAAGACAUGUCGCCGACUGGGAUCGCCAUCUAUAAUGUAUUUUUGCGUUCAUUUGUGAUAAACAAUAUGGCGAACCCUAUAAUAUAUGGAUUCUGUGAUAAGAAGUUUCGUUCAGAAUGUGCCGACUUUGGAUGGACCAUAUUGACAUGUGGAAGACGUUGAAUCAGUUAUGAAUUCUCACAGCUCUUCUUUCUGCGCUGUUUGAGUUAUCUAGUCAGUAUUCUACAAAUUUGUAUUUAGUUUAUAAAUGUAUAGAUUUGGUUUCUGUCAGGACUUUCAGUUACGUACCCGGUUGAAGUUCAGAAAGAAUUUCCAUAAACUUACAUGUAUUUCAAACUUUUUUAAAAGCCUGCCCACUUAGCUCAGUAGGGAGAGCGUUGGUCUACGCAUCGCGGGGUCGCGAGUUCGAUCCCCGGGCGGGGCGUAUGUUUUUCGUGACGAUCUGAUAAAAGACAUAGUGUCUGAAAUCAUUCGUCCUCCACCUCUGAUAAUUCAUGUGGGGAAGUUGGCAGUUACUUGCGGAGAACAGGUUUGUACAGGAACACUGGUUAGGUUAACUGUCCGCCGUUACAUGACUGAAAUACUGUUGAAAAACGGCGUUAAACCCAAAACAAACAAACAAACAAAAAGUAGUAUCUCAGAUUUUUGGAUAGUUUUCAAACAUAUGACUGAAACCCUAUACUAUAGUGCUGCAAUAACACACAAUUGAGUUUUAAGGAUGUUCUAAUAAGAAGUUUACGCUAUUAAUAUUAGAUUUUCAAGUUACUCAUUAACAUUAACAGAACGUCUAAAUGAAAAGCAAAGUUUUAAUAGAAAUGUACAUUAUUUUAACUUUUAAGGUAGUAUUUACGAAAAUAUGAGAACUACAUGUAUGUAUGUCUAGGGGAAAUUUUUUCACCUACUUUAAAUUUUGCCGAAUAUACCCUUUUGGUGCAUGGCCUAGUGUAUACGGAUUGCCGUCAUAGCGAUUGAUAAUUUUGGUAUAAACUGAACGGAAGGGACAUGAUAUUUUAUUUCAUAGUGGAUACUGUUAAAUUGCACAUUAUAUAGAUAAGAGUUUCUAUAUGCUUCUCUAAAAGCUUACGGAUUCAACAACACAGAACUUUGUUGGUAUUUUUGUAGAUUUAAGUUAUAAAAUGUAAACAGAUGCCUGUACCAUUACCUACUUUACUACCAAAUCAUUGUAGCAUUUAUGUGCAGAGAUAGUCUAGUCUUCAUUAAUUCAAAUAUUUCUUUAAUGAGUUGUCUUCACAUGAUUUAUAUUUCGCCAAGUAUAUGUCUAAGUGUUAGCAUGUUUGCCGCUUCCGUAAAACGAAAAGCUGUCUUAACCUGCCAAGCAUGAUUCACAAACCCCGACGCAGGAAUAUUGUCAGACAAUCAUUCCAGCUACCAAGCAAUGGUGACAAUGGUAAAACCAUGUGACUGUAGAAUGGCGACACAACACCAAGCAAGUCAAACGUUUCCAUAAUCUAUAGGCGGAUUGCCUUUUAUACAGUAUGUUUAUGUUUCGCUGUUCAUUCAUUCGUUAAAUUCUUUGACUGUACACAAAAUACUUCAAAAAGAUUUCGUUGUGUACAUUUGAACCGUUGUACUCCACAACGCCAGAAGAAGCUAAUCCUGUAAUUAUUACUAUUCUUUAGUUUUCUACUCGAGAAUUUGGUGUUUUGCAAUCCCUGGUCUUCUUUUAACACGACUGGUUGAUUAUACUGUAAGUUUUCGUCAAUACAGAAUGUUGUAAACAGAGUUAUUUGGAUCUGAAUAUUUGGAAGAAUACGGACCAUUGUCUUAUGAAAUAUGCUUAAACCUUAAUACAAUUUAUCUCGUACAUAAAAGUCUCCCACGUCGCUAUUUUUAAAAUCAUGCAUACAAGUUCUUCAUUUAUGUUCAUGGAUGACCUCAAAGGUAUAAUUAUUUUGUAGCCCGUAACACCUGACACCUCUGUUAUGGAACUAUUUAACGAGUUAAACUUUAGGGACCAGACUUAAAAAAUCCAGCGUCUUACUCUUUAUGGACAGAGCUGCAUUGUGAGACUCUUGUACAAGCAGCCCCAGUCAUGCUGUCAACUUAUAAGGGCUAGGUAUUAUUACGUUUUAAAAACGUAGUAAAAUGGCAAUAUACGUAGAAAAACGUAUUAGAUACGGUUAUAUACGUAACUAUGACUUCUCAGGACACGUUUGUUUUCCACUGUCCGAAAGAAACGUGGGAUUUCGAAAUACAUAGCCUUAAUAUACAAAAAGUAGAACGUACCAAGACGAAGUAGAAACGUACUAAAAUGUACAUAAACGUACUAAUUCUACUAAUUCAAACCGGACUAAAACAAAAAGAAAACAUAGUUGAAACUUACUAAAAUUACUAAAACUCUAGAUAAAACCUUACAACCCGCAAACGGGGUAAAACUUUAGCAAUCUUUUGAGAUGGAAAACGUAGUAAUACAAGCCCUUACUACAUGACAGUGAGAUUAAGGCUUUUUAGAAUUAAACUAUUUUUUCUGUAUUUUUUUCUCUUUUUCAUUCAUGUUUCAACCCUGACAAAUAACGUGCAUGUGGAAAGGUUUGUGUUAAAUACGUAUCUUAAAGGCAUUGUUCACACAUGCAUUAACACCAGAAAUAGGAUUUAAUCCUUCUGACUUUAAAGUUAAUUAACAUGUUUCUGCAUCGAUUUUUCAGCUUUAAGUGAUUUUGCUCUCCACAACAAAAAUUUCAAAAGUUAAAUUUAUCAGAUUUUGAAACGAAGCCAUAUCAUUGGAAAGAAAAUUAUCUAACUGCGGAAAUGAGUGCACACGUCUGUUUCUUGAGAAAUAAAAAGUUAUUGCGUUUUUAGCUCACCUGAGCAAUGCUCAGGUGAGUUUUUCUGAUCGCUCGAUGCCCGGCGUCUGUCGUCCGUCGUCUGUCGUCUGUCGUCUGUCAACAUUUAGCUUGUGUAUGCGAUAGAGGCUGUAUUUUUCAAUUAAUCUUCAUGAAUAUUGGUUAGAAUGAUAACCUUGAUGAAAUCUAGGCCGAGUUCGAAAAUGGGUCAUCUCGGGUCAAAAACUAGGUCACUAGGUCAAAUCAAAGAAAAACCUUGUGUAUGCGAUAGAGGCUGUAUUUUUCAUUUAAUCUUCAUGAAUAUUGGUCAGAAUGAUAACUUUGAUGAAAUUUAGGCCGAGUUCGAAAAUGGGUCAUCUCGGGUAAAAAACUAGGUCACUAGGUCAAAUCAAAGAAAAACCUUGUGUAUGCGAUAGAGGUGGUAUUUUUCAAUUAAUCUUCAUGAAUAUUGGUCAGAAUGAUAACCUUGAUGAAAUCUAGGCCGAGUUCCAAAAUGGAUCAUCUCGGGUCAAAAACUAGGUCACUAGGUCAAAUCAAAGAAAAACCUUGUGUAUGCAAUAGAGGCUGUAUUUUUCAAUUCUUCUUCAUGAAUAUUGGUCAGAAUGAUAACCUUGAUGAAAUCUAGGCCGAGUUCGAAAAUGGGUCAUGUCGGGUCAAAAACUAGGUCACUAGAUCAAAUCAAAGAAAAACCUUGUGUAUGCGAUAGAGGUGGUAUUUUUCAAUUAAUCUUCAUGAAUAUUGGUCAGAAUGAUAACCUUGAUGAAAUCUAGGCCGAGUUCGAAAAUGGGUCAUCUCGGGUCAAAAACUAGGUCACUAGGUCAAAUCAAAGAAAAACCUUGUGUAUGCAAUAGAGGCUGUAUUUUUCAAUUCUUCUUCAUGAAUAUUGGUCAGAAUGAUAACCUUGAUGAAAUCUAGGCCGAGUUCGAAAAUGGGUCAUCUCGGGUAAAAAACUAGGUCACUAGGUCAAAUCAAAGAAAAACCUUGUGUAUGCGAUAGAGGCUGUAUUUUUCAACUGAUCUUCAUGAAUUUUGGUCAGAAUGAUUGCCUUGAUGAAAUCUAGGCCGAGUUCGAAAAUGGGUCAUCUCAGAUAAAAAACUAGGUCACUAGGUCAAAUCAAAGAAAAACCUUGUGUAUGCGAUAGAGGCUGUAUUUUUCAAUCGAUCUUCAUGAAUUUUGGUCAGAAUGAUUGCCUUGAUGAAAUUUAGGCCGAGUUCGAAAAUGGGUCAUCUGGGGUCAAAAACUAGGUCACUAGGUCAUAUCACGUAAAAAUCUUGUGUAUGCGAUAGAGGCUGUAUUUUUCAAUUGAUUUUCAUGAAUUUUGGUCAGAAUGAUUGCCUUGAUGAAAUUUAGACCAAGUUCGAAAAUGGGUCAUCUGGGUUCAAAAACUAGGUCACUAGGUCAAAUCAAAGAAAAACCUUGUGUAUGCAAUAGAGGCUGUAUUUUUCAACUGAUCUUCAUGAAAUUUAGCCAGAAUGAUUACCUUGAUAAAAUCUAGGCUGAUUUCGAAAAUGGGUCAUCUGGGGUCAAAAACUAGGUCACUAGGUCAAAUCGAAGAAAAACAUUGUGUAUGCAAUAGAGGAUGUAUUUUUCAAUGAUCUUCAUGAAAUUUGGUCAGAGUGAUUGCCUUGAUGAAAACUAGGUCGGUUUUGAAUAUGGAUUAUCUGAGGUCAAAAGCUAGGUCACUAGGUCAAAUUAAAGAAAAAUCUUGUGUAUGCGAUAGAGACUGUUUUUUUCAGUUGAUAUUUAUGAAAUUUGGUCAGGUUGAUUGCCUUAAUGAAAUCUAGGUCGAAUUUGAAAAUGGGUCAUCUGAGGUCAAAAACUAGGUCACUUGGUCAAAUCAAAGAAAAAACUUCUGUAUGUGAUAGAGGCUGUAUUUUUCAGUUGAUCUUCAUGAAUUUUGGUCAGAAUGAUUGCCUUGAUAAAAUCUAGGUCGAGUUUGAACAUGGGUCAUCUAGGGUCAAAAACUAGGUCAUAUCUAAGAAAAUGCUUGUUUUAUCGCAAGAGACCAAUUGUUUGGUCCAAUCUUAAUGAAAAUUGGUCAGAAUAUUUGUUUCCACGAAAUCACUAGGUCAAACAUGUUUUACACUGUUAUGGAGUGUUUCUUAGGUGAGCGACCUAGGGCCAUCUUGGCCCUCUUGUUAAUUAAUUUUAGUGCUGUCUGAUUCAGCUUUGACGCAACGCGAUUUAUUGAAGUGCUAAUUAAUUUAGCAGAAAAAAAAAGAAAUUACCUGUCAGCAUGUUUUGUCCCCCCCCCCUCCCCCCGUACUUGUACUCGUUGUUCGUAAAUAGUAUGAUCCUUUGGAAUUGCGGUGUCCUUCAGCAUUUCUGAAUAACAGAUUUCCGCUUAAGCCGAUGUUAGGUCAGAUACUGCUAUUAAUUUUUCCAUAGGCUUACAUUGUAAGAAAUGACUCUGUAGGACCCCCUCAAAACACAUGAGGUGCCAUUUACCCUGUCAAAUAUCCUUCAAGACACCAAAAAAUAACAUUUUUACAUGGGCAUGCGCGAUCCAUUUUUUUUUCUAUUUCAAAGACAACCACCCACAACUGUGCAUGGAAUUUAGUGGUGAAUUCCAACAAGUACUUACUUCACUAAAUUGCUAAUUUCAGAGUUAAAUAUAUAACCAGGCAGCUAUAAAAGACUUCAAAAUGCACAGAAAACAUUACGUUUCAAGAUUUUAAGGAUAUUUCCAUGAUUCAAGGCAACACAUUUUUAACCAAUCAGCUGAAGUCUCAUUGAAUGCUUCGGGUUUCCUACACAUUUUUCAACCAAUCCGAAGCCGGCAAAUAAUAACAACAUUUGACCGUAAGGGAGCUUGACGGUGUAGUACACUUUAUUAUCUUUCAAGAAGAGACUCGUUCAAACCCAGUCUGCUGCUAUUUUGCCUAGUUACGUUCUAUGCUUCAAUCUUCUUAUAGAUAUUAUCAAUAGUGGAGACGACACCUUUAAAUGGACAAGUCACCCAAGACAUAUAUACUGAGUGAUUACUGUAACAACAGGAAACCACUAUGUCUAGGAGCUAGGCUACACAAUAGUCAUUUAGGUUUUGCCACUGACAAACACAUUGAAAUGUAAACCGUAUUUGUCUAAUGUUUGCAUAAGAUAUGCAGGCAUGUGCAAUUUUUUAUUUGGUUGAAACGAGUACCUUUUUAUUUCAGAACUACUUUAAAAUCUAAAUUUCCCUGUGUCAAGAUUAAAAGCGCGUUGUCUAUUUAAUUUUAACAGAACAAUAGGGUUCUACAGUGAUGUUUUUGGUGGAAAGUCCUAUGUUAUGGUAAACAAAACAACAAUUAUAAAACAAAAUCGACUAACUUCUUGUUUUUGACAAAAAAUACAAUAAAAAUGGCGUUAAAUGACAAGAGAUCUAAGGUACACUAAUCAUGUGACUAGAAUUGGCCAAAUAUGGUAGAGAAUCUGUGUUCACGUAACCUAAUUUCUACUAGUUUGAAGUGCCUUUGUGCAAAGUAUCCGUGGAGGUCCAAAUACUACAGUUUAUAUGUAAAUGCUAGACCAAACAUUUUAUGUUAAUUAAGGUAUGCAGUUUGUUCAUUUCAUCUUUCAUUUUUUCGUAACCACGUAAACGCACUUACAAACACUUUUUGUUGUCUAAAUGAAACAGUCAGAAUAUUUGAGGAGACAAAUAAAAACUUACGACCAGAAACCGUUUUUUGUAAUACCGGAUAUAAAAUGUAGGGAUCUUAUAAUUUUAUGAUAAAAAACAGCGUGCAUGUUAAGUUAUGUCAUUAACGGUGUACUUUUACGCUCAUAUAAGUUAUUUUACAGCUCAAACAUUGUAUGUUAGACCUACAUUGUACAGAACAUGUUUGUACAUCAGUUGAAAUUGCAGUAAUUUAAAUAGUAUUAUUAAAAUGCUUUUAGUUGUU